CAAAUGUUUGAAAUCUAUAGAGGCGCUUGGACCAAAUUUACAUGCUAAGGAAAAUUCUUUAUGUUUUGAUAUUGUAAUGGACAUAUUCCUUUAAAAUGGCGACUCCUAAUUUAACUGAUGAAGAAUUCUUUGUCGUCUUGUAUCCUAUUGAGUCGGCAGGAAGAAACCAAUUGUCUCUUAGGAAAGGUUGCCAGCUUCGUGUGUUAAGAUACAAUGGAACAGAAGAAUGGUGUGAGGCAAAGGUUUUGUCAACUGGGGAUCCAUCAGACAACGCAAAAUGUGCUGUUGUUGGUUCAGUUGGUUGGGUACCAAGCAACUAUAUAACCCCCGCUACCUCACUAAACAUGCAUACCUGGUAUCAUGGGGCUGUGUCUAGAGCUGCUGCCGAGUAUUUGCUGUCCAGUGGAAUAAAUGGAAGCUUUUUGGUGCGUGAUAGUGAAAGUUGUCGUGGACAUCUAUCGGUGUCGGUUCGAUUCAAUGCGUCUGUUUAUCAUUACAGGAUCAAUGUGGAUACCGCUGGCUUGUUCUACAUUUCCCCCGAACAUCGAUUCCAAACGUUACCCGAGCUCGUACACCACCACUCGUAUGCUUCAGAUGGUUUGGCGGCCAUCUUACAUUACCCCGCUGCUAAAAGCACUAAACCUGCUGUAUACAGCAUGGCACCAGAUUACGAUGAAUGGGAAAUAGAUCGAAGUGAAAUCCACAUGAAACAGAGGUUAGGUGGUGGUCAAUACGGGGACGUGUAUGAAGCUGUGUGGAAACGAUACAACAAGACAAUAGCAGUAAAGACAUUCAGAGAAGACACCACAAACACAGAGGAAUUCCUUAAAGAAGCUGCCGUCAUGAAAUCUAUUAAACACCCAAACCUGGUUCAAUUACUUGGUGUAUGUACUCGGGAGCCUCCAUUCUACAUUGUAACUGAGUUUAUGAGUGAGGGAAAUCUACUUGAAUAUUUACGUCGAUGCAACAAAGUAGAGUUGGAUGGGGUCGUUCUGCUUCAUAUAUCGGUACAAGUGGCAUUAGCGAUGGAAUAUCUAGAAACAAGAAACUAUAUUCAUAGGGACCUUGCUGCACGCAACUGUCUUGUAGAAGAUAACAACUUGGUUAAAGUUGCCGACUUUGGUUUAUCGCGACUCAUGGCUACUGGUGAUGAUUAUACAGCGCGUGCUGGGGCAAAGUUCCCGAUUAAAUGGACUGCUCCUGAGAGUUUGGCUUAUAACAGAUUCUCCACAAAGUCAGAUGUCUGGUCAUUUGGCAUUCUGUUAUGGGAGAUAGCCACAUAUGGUAUGUCACCAUACCCAGGUGUGGACCUCAGUAUGGUAUAUGAGAAGUUAGAGAAGGGUUAUAGGAUGGAUUCACCAAGUGGUUGCCCCAGUAGUGUGUAUGCACUCAUGUUAGAUUGUUGGAGUUGGGAUGCGAAUGACCGUCCCACAUUCGCCGACAUUCGAUGUAGGUUGGAUGGAAUGUUUAACGAAUCACAUCCGGAUGUUGUGGAGGGGAAGAAGGAGGUGAAACCUCCUAUACUGCCUGGGAAGAAACUUAGGUUGUCGGACACAGGGGUUUCUAAUGGGGGAGUUAUCACCCCAAUAGCAAGCCCCAGGUUACCAAGGACUUCUUGCUCCAAUGAAAACUUGUCAACAGAUAAAGGCCACAAGAAUGAAGAUACUUCUAAGAAACCUACAGACCAACAAAUGAGCCAUGAAAAUUUAAGAUCCAGUAACAGCUCCACACUGCACUCUAAUGGAUGCUCCCCGUUUGUCGUACCCAGCCUCCCCGUACCUAGUGAUGAUAAGGUUAAGAAGAAGAAGCGACAAGCCCCCCAACCCCCCGUGAGAGUUAGUUCGUUUCGUUCCACUGAUGUAGAUCCUAAACGACCAUCUGUAAAGUUGACAACUUUUACAGGUGGUCGGCCAUCUUACGAAGAAACCCGCCUCACCCCUAUACAUCAUGAUGUCAUCGAUGAAUCAACCAAUCAGGAUGCCCCGAUCCGUGAGAUGAGACGAGCGUCAAGUUGCGACUUUGAGAGGCCACGGUUGUAUAGUGGUUCGUCUGCAGGUUCCACAGAAGGCAGCGACAACCAAAACAACAAUCGAAGCCUUAAUUUCAUUGGUCAAUCAUUAGACACACACAAACCUAUUAAAGAGAAGAAGACUUCAUUGCUACAGAAGAUUCUUCCUAAGUUUAAGAACAAGAAGUCAACAACAGACUGUGAAGAUGACGAAACAUUAUCCGUUGGAAGACCCAGCAAACACCCCGAUGGUUUCUUCACUCGAGGUGGUGUGCGUAGAUCAUGGAAGAAGGUAACGAGUCAUAUGGCUCCCAAGAAGUCCACCAGCAAAGGGAUCGAGAUCCAGGAGGAUUCAACUUCCAAUAUCUUCCAACCUCAACUGGAGUCCAAGAAUCCUCAAGGAGGAUUAAAGAUCAUCUCAAGCGGGGAAGUCCGGAGAUCAUCUAAUGAUAACGAGCGAAGGACUUUUCUCUUCCCAUCCGCUGAUUCUGCUCCGAGAUCAAAAAGCGAAGAAACUCAUCCUCAAAAACCUCCACGCACGAAGAGGAACAACCAGGAGCAAAACCUGGAGAAUGAUCUGCAUGGCUCACGACCAACCCAGUUCAACGAACCCCUCACUACAAGCCACACGUUCACAAUCAGUCGAUUAAAAGGCGAGGAGUCCCCUGUCUUCCGCCCACAGUCAUUCGGGUCGGAUGACCAAACCCCCGACACACCCCCUCCCUCAUUUAAACCCCCAACUCCCCCUAGGACCCCCCUCACCCCAUCAAACUCUAACAUCCAGCGUCCGAAACGACUCAGCCACUCCCCCAUCAUCCUCCACUCCACCGGAACGUGCGCACCACCUCGUAAAAGGUCAGACAGCGCCAGAUCUUCAGAUUCACCCACCGACCUCAUCCCAAUGGACCCCCUCACGGCAGCUCGGUUGUCGUUACGUAAACGUGGGGACCCCAAACCCGCCCCCGUCCAUGUAACAAAGGAAGGUUUCAUCAGCGUACACAGGAAAACUCAAGCAAGCCUUCGGCUCGCUCUUAAUGAUAAGUCUGCAGAAUACACAGCGGUGCUUGAACUUCAACGUUUGAUCUCAACAGCGCUCGAUUUCUCCGACAGUGUCCCAGUUCGAAACCGGUUUCAGUUUCGUGAAAAAGUUGAAACAUUGGAGCGAGAGGUGGCGAACUACUCUGGGCGGAGAGGAUCAAACGAAAGCUCAACGAAACAAAACAUUUUUCACACAGGCUUCGCUCUACAGCUUGUCAGUGAUAUGUCUACCCUUGUCUGAAUAUCCUGAACAAAUUAUUAUUUCAAUUUUUUGUCACUUGUCCCUGAGCACUUUUUGUUGCAAUUUGCAAAUGUUGCCAUUUCUUAUUUUGUGUUUUUCUAAAAAUGUAUUUUCUUUAACAAUUUCAUCACUUUCCUUGUAAUUGCGCAAUCACUUACGUAAUACAAAUUUUUUAAAUAUAUAUUAAGAAACUUAGGAUCAAAUCAUUUAGGUUACUGCUGUUUAUUUAUUAUGUAAUCAUAUAUUGUGUUCCACUAACAAAACAACUCAUAUUUAUUUUUGUUCCGUUAAACGAAUUUGGUUUCUUGUUGUUUACACCGGCCAGACAAAUAUGUAAGGAAUGCAAAUAAUUAUUUUGGUGUUUCCACAUUUUUCCAUAAUUUACUAAAUAUUUCAAAAAUAUAUAACAUAAUUAUUGUUUUCUAGAUUAAAUUUAAUGUUUUUAUUUUUCCUAAUUUUUGGUGAAAUGUAUUUCUAAUGUUAAAAAAAUCUUUAUUAACUUUUUAUUAACAUUGCAUUUAUAUCAUUUCUUACAUUAACCAUGUGUGCAUCACUAGGAAUUAUCUGAAUUCGGUACAUCACAUUAGUACAUGGUAUAAUUGACACAAACAACACCCCCAGGCGUAUUCCUCAACGUUUUCUAGCCCAGUGCCUUUCUCCUAUAUGACGUCAUUCCACCGCUGAUCGUCAGUAACCGCCAUGCAAAUAAUCUCAAUCGUUUAAGUGCAAUGAACCGUAUACACUUGUAGCUUCGUAAUCCAUUUCAAAGCAAUUGUUUAAUUUUACAAGUUAUACGUUACGUGACUCGCCCAUUGAUCGUAUGUUUAUAAACGCUUAAAUAUUAACAGUUUCUUAUAAUUUGGUUAAUAUUAACCCUUCCCCCUUAAGUGGUUUAAUAACACUCCCAUAACUCAAACACGUUAAACCAGGCUGCCAACAUAAUCUAUAUAUUGACCUGUAGCCUCACUAUCGUAUAUAUUUGUGUAAUUUAUUCGUUUGUUAAAUUUACACAAGGUUUUGUUGAACCGGUAUAUACCGUCACUGUUUGUUGAGACUGCUGGAAAAACUAAUCGGUUACGUUUUGCAAUUGAAACUCGUGUUUUUCGUAAACGUGUACUGGUAGGUACCAUGUAAGCUUACUAAUAGUAUGGAUACCUGAACAUAUAUUGGCUUAACUGUGCUCGUAUAAGUUGUUGACGUGUGUUUUUUGAUUGUAGAUGUACGUGAAUUUAUAAAAGGCCAUCUUUCUAUUGAACAUUAAUAUCGGUUUGCUAAAACGGAAA